UGUGCCGCAAUGGAGUAUUUAGGUUUGCGAAGCCAAACGGCGGCGGUGUUUAUCCAAUCCAGGGACGCAGCCGUCUCACGCCUCCUCUUCCACCCCUCGCCGUCUCUCUUCCUCCUCCGCCCCCGCGCGCUCGCCUCAAAACCCCCCCGCGCGACGCGCUAAAACCCUAGCCCGCUAAUUCACCGCCCCUUCGCCCGCGAGGACAUGGCGUCCUCGGGCGCCGUCGCCAACCUCUGGGUGCUGCUCGGCCUCGGCAUCGCCGGCGUCCUCCUGGCGGCACGGCGGCUGCGGCGACCCGCGCGCCCCGACCACGGAGCCUUCAUCGCCCGCCUCGAGCUCCUCCCGCCACCGCAGCCGCCGCCGCCACAGGCGCCCCACCCGCUCACCGGCCUCUGCUUCGCCAUCGCGGACGCAUUGCAUGUCAGUGGUUAUAUUACAAGUUUUGGCAGCCUAGAAUGGGCAAGGACACACGAUGCAGCGACACAAACAUCUCCAGUGGUUUCAGCUCUCGUAGAUGGUGGUGCUACUUGUGUUGGGAAAACUGUUAUCGAUGAGAUGGCAUACAGCAUCCAUGGCGAGCAUAAGCAUUUUGAUACACCAACAAAUCCUGCUGCUCCGGGUCAAGUACCAGGAGGAUGCUCAAGUGGAUCGGCUGUUGCAGUUGCUGGUGGCAUGGUAGAUUUUGCCCUGGGUAUUGACUCUAUUGGAGGAGUAAGGAUACCAGGUGCUUAUUGUGGGGUCUUGGCAUUCAGGCCUUCACAUGCUGUGGUUUCCAAUGUCGGUGUUAUUCCUGUUGCCCCUAGUCUGGACACUAUAGGCUGGUUUGCAAGGGAUCCAAGUGUGUUGCGCCGUGUUGGACAUCUUCUUCUGAGACUUCCUUAUGCUGAUAUUCGCCAACCUAGACACGUUUACAUAGCAGAUGAUUGCUUUGGACUUUCAAAGAUACCUGCUAGAAGGCUUACUCAGGUGGUGACAAAAUCUGUGGAGAAGCUCUUUGGAAGACAAGUCCUGAAUCAUGUGAAUCUCGAAAAUUAUUUGGCUUCAAGAAUAUCCAGCUUGAGGAACUAUUCAAAUGGGCACAAGAACGGUGAUUCAAAGUUUUCUUCGUUGCUAGCACUUUGUAAUGCUAUGCGAUUGCUUCACAAGCAUGAAUUCAAAGACCAGCAUAUGGAGUGGAUAAACUCAGUUAAGCCUUCUGUGGAUGCUCGCAUAGUCAGUAAUCUGUCAGACGAUGGUGAUUCGGUUACUGACAGCUGCCAAGAUGUGAGAAAUGAAGCACGCUCAGCACUCAGUGCACUUCUUAAGGAUGAUGGGAUUUUGGUCAUUCCAACUGCUCUGGGAUGCCCCCCAAAGCUUAAUGCUAAGGAACUCUCAUCUGAAAGCUACAAUUCCCUGACAUUAUGCCUUUCAUCUUUAGCUAGUAUGUCAGGGUGUUGCCAGGUUUCUGUUCCUGUGGGUACACAUGAUAAGUGUCCUAUUUCAGUUUCAUUCAUUGCUAGGCACGGUGGUGAUCGGUUUUUAUUGGACACCACUCAGACCAUGUAUGCGACCAUCCAAGAGCACGUGGAGGUCCUAGCAAAGUCCAAUGUUUCAAGUAAACAGGCGAUGAAUGAAGAGGCAGCUGAAGCUGCUAAAGAGAAAGGUAAUGCUGCAUUUAAGGAGAAACAAUGGCAAAAGGCGGUAAAUUUCUAUACUGAAGCAAUCAAAUUAAAUGGAAAAGUGGCCACAUACUACAGCAACAGAGCUGCUGCCUUUCUAGAACUAGCUAGCUACCGUCAGGCUGAGGCAGAUUGCACAAGUGCCAUCGAUCUUGAUCCAAAGAUUGUGAAAGCUUAUUUACGGAGAGGCACUGCAAGGGAGAUGCUGGGUUAUUAUAAGGAGGCUGUUGACGAUUUCAACCAUGCUCUUGUUCUAGAGCCAAUGAACAAGACGGCCAGUGUUGCCAUUAAUAGGUUAAAGAAGUUAUUUCCGUAAAUACAAAGUCAUUGGAUGUUUCUGCAUGAAGCUGUGACCUCAGAUCGUGUGCACACAAGUUCUGCGUGUCCGGGGGGUGGGAUGGAAGUCCAUGAGAGCUCAACUGACAGAUAUUGCUGCAUCUGCUUUAUACUCUCACAAGGUACUAAACCAUCACUGCUGGUGGCAACGGAUUUAAGGAGCUGUAGUCAGUUUAGUCAAUUUACUCGUCCCAUCCCCUAAGUUUUGGAAAAGCAAAAUAAACACAAGUUUUGGGAGUUGAUCACAGUAAACAAUGUCUUCAAAAUGUGCUUUACGGCUGUCCUUGGUCCCCCACCAUGUAUAAUAUCGGUUUCGCCGAUUAUUUGUUCAGACACUUUUUCAACAAAACCUUUUACCAUGCUUA